GGGAAAGUUUGAAAAAUGGCGGACGAAAUUGUGUUGAGCUUCCAUAACAGUCUUCUCAAAAAAUCGGACCUUAGCUUGCUCGAGGAAGGUCGUUGGCUGAACGAUAGACUGAUAGGAUUCGUAUUUGAGUGAGUUUUUGUAGUUGUGAGAAAUCUGAUCGCAGAUGCAGCGUACAUUUUCGCUUGCGUAGCGUCAACAUGCAAUCUACAAGGUUGCAUUUUAUCGGGGGAGAAGUUUUCACUUUGAACUAACUCCAGAAAACUUGUUUGAUUGCAGUUACUUUACUCAUAACAAAUUUAAACAGAUAUCAGAUAUUGCGAUCUUUAUCAGUCCUGAUGUCACGCAGUUCUUGAAGCUUGGGGGAGGUAAGACAUACGUCUUGCUAACUUCGUUUUCCAGAUCCGUAACGUAAAGUUACGUGGCGAGUUUUUUCCACCUGAAUUUAUGGUCUAAGCGCGAAGCGGGCGGGAAAAACGAGGUUCAAUAAGUUACGAUACAGACCGAGAAAACGGAGUCAGUGAGAUACUUUUAUUAUAUCUCUGGGUUCAAUUAGAGGGGUAAGAUUUCAAUUCAAACGAUUUUUUGAAUUAGCGGGCCGCACACUAAAAUGCGGCACGCUAAAUUGACCAAUCAUGGUACGUGUACGAACUGAGAGAUAUAACGAAUGAUUGAAGAAGUGGGAUCGUAAUGCAGCUACAUGUAGAGUGUUUAGUUUUGAAAUUUUUUGCAUCAGUCUUAAGGUUGUAUCUUUGUCAUAGAUCUAUGUUGAAAUAUCCUUGUGAUGAGGGAAUACAGCAUUUAUGUUAUUGAUUAUUGUUUUUUUUUUUUUGCUGCAGGCCUUGAAAUUGGUAUUUUUCUGGAACCACUUGAUCUUUCAAGUCGAAAGCUGAUAUUUUUUGCCGUGAAUGACAAUGAUUCCAGACAUUCAGCAGGGGGAUCUCACUGGUAUACAAUAAGCAUCCUUUAAUUAAUGUGUUUCCUCAGCUGAAACAAUUCAUUAAUCAAAAACUAGUUUUGAAUUUUGUUGUAUCUUGGAGAGCCAUUGAACUAGAUUUUGAGCUGAAUUUGACUCUCCUUACUAUCUACCAUACAACUCUUGUAAUGUCAGCUCUGAGAAUUUGGUAAUGGAUCAACUUAUAAUCCCCAAAUUGAUAUUUUCUCUAUUCUCAUCACUAUACUACUUGAUAUUGUAUCAAUAUUGUUAGGAGAAAUUCUUCUUUGGUCAUUUAUGAGAGUUAAAGGGUGAAGAAAAUAGUUAUCCAAUCAAAAUAAAAUCAAGCUUUUUACAAAAGACUGUUGCAGAUUGAGAGUAACUGAUGAUGAAAAAAACAACAAGGUGGUAUUCAAUAGCUACAAGGUUAAAUCACCUUGGAAUGUGUAGUAUCUUAUUGCAUUAUAAGAAAUCCUCACAUUUUAGUAGUGUAGUAUCAUUUUUCAAAUAGUCCUUUGUCACAUUCCAAAUUGUUUUACCUUAUGUCUAAGUUAUAAAAAGUAGUGUAGGAAUCUAUAAUCAGUGACAAAAUUGUUGACACAUUGACCUUUUCAACCACCCAUUACUUCAAUCUUAUCUCUUCUUGUUAAGUUAACCUAUUUGCUACCUCCCCCCCCAGAAAAAAACAAUGUUGUUUCAACUUUUAACUACAUACAGGCAACGUUGAAGGGGGGGGAGGGGUCCUGUCAAAGAUUUAGAGCAUGGAAGGAACAGGAGUGUUAUUCAAGAUAUAAAUAGAACUCUCCAAACAUGAUGUGUCAACCAAUUUUGGCACUGGUUGCAGGAGCCUAGAUUAAAUUUCUUUAUAUAGAGUUUGAUAUAAACAGCUUAUGUAUUUGAUGAGUGUCUAAUUAACAAAUAGAUUCCAAGUUGCCGUGUGUCUGUUCAGUAAUAGAUCACAGAUGUCAAAAUGUGGUAAAAACAAAAAAGUGGCACAUGAGGCACAGCCAAGUGUGUCUCUGAUGUUCUUACCACAUUUUGACAUUCUCUGUGAUCUAUUUGUUUUAUAUAAUAAACAAUUUUAAAAAAGUUUUAAUGAUGACAUCAUCUAUAUAUCUGUCCUCCAUUAGAUCAUAAGUGAGAACCAAUCAGAAUGCUUGUAUAACUGAGCUUAUUAUAUAAUGUUUGAUUAUUAAUCUAAUGCUUCUAUUGACAACUAGAAACUUGUGUGUUUACCAGGAGCUUGCUGGCAUACUACCGAGAAACAAACAGUUUUCAUCAUUAUGACUCAUCCAGUUCAUUUAAUACUUCAGCUGCUAGAUCUCUCGCACAAAAUGUGGAACCUUUUUUACACUGUAGAUGUAAGUGUUAUUUUGAUCACUUUAGACUUCACACAACUCUCUGUCAUAGACUUUCUCCUCCCACUUAUGCACAGUGUUUUCUGUUUGUUUUUUUUAAACAGCAGGACAAAACCCAAGCUUCAAGGAGGACAGAUGCCCUCAACAACAAAAUGGUUGUGUUUUGAUGUAACACCAUUUUUCAUUUAGCCUCUGAACAAUUAAGAGUUUUAACUAGUAAUGACCUCAAUACCGGUUAACCCUUUAACUCCCAUAGUGACCAAGACAUAAUUUCUCCUUACAAUAUCAAUACAAUAUCAACAAGAUAAGUGAUGAGAAUAAAGAAAAAUAUCAGUUUGGGGAUAAUUAGUUGAUUUAAUACUAAAUUCUCUGAACUAACAUUACAAGAAUUGUCUGGUUGAAAGUGAGGAGAAUGACAAAUUUGAUCUGAGAGUUAAAGGGUUAAUUGAACUCUCCCCAUGAUGCAAAGGCAUGUCAAACCUCCACUUUUUUCCCAGGGGAUAGUGCAAAAAUUUUACAUAACCUCCCUACAGGAUGCUAAUCUAUUUCUAUGCAGUUUGUCAAGAAUCCCUGACAGUUUGUGGUACCCUUUAUUUCUCAUGAGCAGAUUAGGUCACUGUUGAAGGGAUAAGGUUUGGCUCAAAACUCAACAUUAUGACUUGGCCAGGGCUCGAUCAUGGAGUUCUCAUUCCAAAUUCUAGCUUGCUAAUCUCUGAGCCAUUGUGUUUCUCUCUGUUAACCCUUAACACCACAACAUCAGUAUGCAUAUUCUCCAUACUGUUUUCUGACAGCAAUAAUUUGUGUAACAAUCAAUUGCUUUUUUAGUUGGUGGUCAUUUCUUCAACCCUUUAAACCCCAAGAGUGACUAGCACCUAAUUUCUCCCUACAAUAUCACUCCUGAAUCACACAUUGAAGUCAUGAGAAUAACAGAAAUGAUCACCAAUGAAAGAAGCUUUUGAUUGGUAGGCAAAUUCUCCUUGUCAGCACCUUAGGAAAUGUAUAUAGAACAGUAUAGAGAAUUUGCAUACUGUUGCAAGGGUGUAAAGGGUUAAUUAAUGCUUAUGAUCCUGUCUGAAAUUAGCCCUCAGUCAUCCUUAGGGUUUGAAACUUUCUAAUGUGGCUUCAUAUUUCAACAGGUUAUGACUGUGGUCUAUAUGUGGUUUGCAUCACUGAACAACUCUGCACCAACUUUAUGAACAAUGUGAAAAUAUCUCUGAGUGAUACCUUAACUCCAGAAGACAUUAGGAAGAAAAGAAAAGCAUUGAAGGAACUUGUGCUCAGUCUUGGAGAGAAGAAGACAUGAUGCUGAAAUUUGCAGCAAGGAAAUUCAGUGUAGCUUUCCAAUGGAAGUAUUUAGCUUCAAAGUGAUGAUAAAAUACCACCCACAAAAUGGAAAUCAUCUUUGAUAAAAGCAGAACAUAUAAUUAAUUAUACACUCAUAAGAUAGAGGAGGUCUUCCAGUAACACUAACUUUAGAUUUCUCAAGAUUCCUCCAAAUGCAGUUUGCAUCCUGUUGGCUUAUUACCAUAUCUCAAAUUCAUUUUGCUAGUAAUUUUUCAUGGGAAUUUGAGAUAGCAGGCAUCUUGGGUUAGGGAAGGAGAGGUUAGUUAAUCAGUUUUUAGGUGAAGGAGUGCUGUGAUGACUUGUAAAAACUCUGACUCUGUUUGGAACCAAGAACAUGGAGAGAGACAAAAAUAAAUAAGUACCCUGUGUGGGACAAAGCCCUCUGUUUUUUAACCUUGUUUAGGUCAAGGGCAGAAGGGAUCUUUUAAGCAUUCUAAAUUUUAAUUAGCAAUAGUUGUAAUGAAUACCCACAUAAAUAUGAAUUGUAAUUCAUACUUCCUGAAAUGUUUCUAGUCUGAACAAGCUAUACACUAUCUAUGACCAGUUCUUGUCAAAAGAAAUAUACCUCUUCUUUGACAGACAGGUAUAGAAUGCAUACUUUGUUGAGCCCCUGACUCGUAACCCUUUCACUCUUAAGAUCUCAUUAGUAAUUCACCUUACACUCUGCCAUACAAUUCUUAUGAUGUUGGUGGGGAGAAUUUGGUAUCAGGUCAACUGAUAAUCACCUAAUUGAUAUUUUUCUUUCUCAUCACUUGUCUGCUUGAUAUUGUAAGGAGAAAUUAUGUCUUGAUCACUCAGUAUUUAAGUUUCAAGUAACUCUUGAAAGGAUACCUCCUUUCUCAGGGUACUGCACUCUUUUCUUAGUUAUCUCAGCAGGGGAUCUGUCAAUUCUCCAUAAGUUCUUUGUACAAAGUCUUUCACAUGGAAGUUUACUUCCAAGAGUUUGGCAUGAAGGCUCAUUUUGAUUUGAUUUUCUGAUUAAAAGCAUGGUGUUGACAGAUAGUUGGGUGGUUAGUUUUGUUGACAAAAAAUAUCCUGAUG